AUGGUAUGGUCGAACGCUGUGAGUCCACUUGCAUGGUGUUCCCUCCUCACGACACCAAUCGGAGACGCUGACUUCAUGCGAGUACUCGACAAUGUUGGUGAUGUUCAUGGAUGGAUAAGCCUGAAACGAAGACGUGAUUUGUCACUCCACUACUCCGUCCCUUUUCUUUAUUCCUCGUUUUACAAACUAAGAAAUGUGUACAACCGACUUCCGAAACUCGUGUGCAAUCGAGUCGCGUGUUCAAACUUGGAUCUUCCCAUGGGACUACCCCGACGGGAGGUCCUUACUCAAAUUUGCGCCUUACUAGGAGAACGAAGAAGCACGCGCGGAAUGUAA